GGGUGCUUUGCUCUUCUGUUGGCGGAAGAGUGUCGGAUCGGGAGGUGGUCCCGUUGACCUUCUUCCGGUGGAUGAUUGGCGGGGGUCGCCCUAGCGACGGGGAGGUGUGAUGGCUGCCAGCGCCGCGCCGCACAAGCCGAGUGUCGGUGACAUUUUCAGUGACAUGAGCUACGGAGCGGCCCGCGAGAGUCCCUGCAACGUGCAGGCUUGGCUGGAUUAUCACAAGCGGUGCUUUGGUCACUAUAUUGGAGGCAAAUGGGUGAAGCCUGAAAACAGACAGUUCUAUGUGACCAAAAAUCCAGCUACUGGGGAAACUCUGGCCACCACCAUAGAAGGCGAGGAAGCGGAUGUAGAACUAGCAGUAAAUACAGCAAAGCGAGCGUUUGAAGUUUGGAGCAAGCUUCCGUGUCAUGUGAGAGCAAGGCAUCUGUACAGCAUUGCAAGAAAUAUUCAGAAGCAUCAGAGGCUGUUGAGUGUAUUGGAGAGUUUGGACAAUGGGAAGCCAAUUCGUGAGUCUCGAGACUGUGAUGUCCCACUGGUGGUACGACACUUGUAUCACCAUGCUGGCUGGGCACAGCUAAUGAAUGUUGAAAUGAAGAACUGGAAGCCAGUAGGAGUUGUUGCUGCAAUUGUUCCCUGGAACUUCCCUUUAAUGUUGCUGACCUGGAAGAUUUGUCCAGCUCUGGCUAUGGGUAACACUGUGGUGUUGAAGCCAGCCACCUACACGAGACUCACUGCCCUGCUGUUUGCAGAGAUCUGCACAGAAGCUGGGCUCCCUCCCGGUGUCCUCAAUGUGGUGACAGGCAAUGGAGCAUUUGGCAGCAAGCUGGCAACACACCAGGAUGUGGACAAGGUCGCCUUCACAGGCUCUACUGAGGUGGGACGUCUCCUCCGCCGAGCUACAGCCGGCACUGGAAAGAAGUUGUCACUGGAACUUGGUGGGAAGUCUCCCUUUAUUGUGUUCGACACUGCCGAUCUGGAUAGUGUGGUGGAAGGCCUGGUUGAUGCCAUCUGGUUCAACCAAGGACAGGUGUGCAGCGCAGGCUCCAGGCUCCUGAUGCAGGAAUCGAUUGCUCAGGAACUCACUAACCGACUGAUGCAGCGCAUGCAGUGUCUACGGGUGGGUGACAGCCUGGAUAAGGGCGUUGACAUGGGCGCACUGGUGGAUGAAUCUCGGAAGAAGACAAUCACAGAGUAUGUAGAGGAGGCAAGGAGUGAAGGAGCAGAGGUAUUUCAGGUGUCUGAAGGAAUGCCGCAGAAAGGUCUCUUCUACCCACCCACCCUCAUCACCAAUGUGAACACAGUCUCCCGUGUGGUUCGUGAAGAGAUAUUUGGACCAGUUUUGGUAGCCAUGACAUUCCGCACUGCAAAGGAGGCUAUAACUCUGGCAAACAACUCUUCGUAUGGACUUGCGGGCAGCAUAUGGACUGAAAAUCUACCGUUGGCACUGGAGGUGGCGAUGAGUUUGAAGGCUGGAGCAGUCUGGGUGAAUGGGCACAACAUGUUUGAUGCUGCAGCUGGAUUCGGUGGUUAUAAAGAGAGCGGCUUUGGACGAGACGGAGGGAAAGAGGGCUUGUAUGAGUAUGUGAGGCCUGCUUGGGAGGAACGACCCAACCCAAAGCCAGGAGAGGUCAAAUACAAAACGUUUGCAGCUGUGCAUGGAGCAGAUCUUCCACCAAUCCCAGGACAGGUAGCACAGCCCACGCUACUCCAAACUGAUGCUGUUCCAAGUGUUGACCGUACGUAUAAAGUAUACUAUGGAGGUGCCCAGAAGAGGCCUUACAGCAUGUACUCGCGCCCCAUUUUUGACCACAAGGGCAAGGCCGUGGCUUAUGUCGGUGAUUGCAACAGGAAAGAUGUUCGAAAUGCAGUGGAGGCAGCUCAUGCAGCAGCUCCAGGCUGGGGGAAACGAGCUGCCCACAACAGGGCUCAGAUCAUCUACUACUUGGCUGAGAACCUGGAGUUGCGCCGGGAAGAGAUGUCUCAAGGACUGAGUUCCCUGACUGGUGUCACUAUCGAGGAAGCCAGAGAUGAAGUAGAUGCCUGCAUUGAGAGACUUUUCUACUGGGGUGCCUAUUGUGACAAGUAUGGGGGCACCGUCCAGGAAACCCAGCUUUAUGGGGCCACGAUCAUGGUUCGAGAGCCUGUAGGUGUGAUAGCCAUUGCAUGCCCCGAUGAGAACCCUCUGCUCAGCUUUGUGAGUCUUUUUGCCCCAGCAAUUGUUCGAGGGAAUGUGGUCGUCAUUGUCCCCAGUGAGAGGUAUCCUCUGCCAGCCUUGGAACUCUAUCAGGUCUUCGAAACCUCCGAUCUUCCUGCUGGUGUUGUAAAUGUUUUGACUGGGUCACGAGAUCAUCUGACCAAAUUCUUGGUUGAGCAUCAAGAUGUCCAAGCCAUGUGGUACUUUGGUUCUGCAAAGGGGUCAAAGUUUGUUGAGUGGUCAUCAGCUGAAAACUUGAAGCGGACCUGGGUGAACUAUGGGAUCCAGCGUAUCUGGUGCAAUUCCCGACAGGGGGCAGGAGAAGAGUUCCUUUAUCAUGCUACGCAAUGUAAGAACAUCUGGAUCCCAAUGGGGGAAAUCUUUGCCAACUAGAGCCAGUUUGUCUAGGGCUAACAGACUGGCAACCCAACCUGUCCAGAGUGUAACUAUUCCUUUACAUAUUGAUCAAUGAAUGAUUUCCAGCACCUGAGUUUUUUUUCUAGCUAAAUUUACAUACCCUCCCAAUUGUAAUGUGAAUGCUUUGGUUAGAUAUAGAACACCGAUCUGGCCUGUACUUGGAUACACUGGCAGGGUGUUUGAUGUCCAGAAAAUAAUACAAGUGCUCCACCAACAGCUGUUGGUCAAAGCAAGGGCAAAACACUCAUAGCAUUUAUUCAUCUUUAGAAUUCCACAAAUUGAGGUUCAGUAAUGUGGCACAAUGUAAACGGUUUAUUUGUUUGAAAAUUAUUGUUCCAACCUUUCAAGAUUGGACUGUUUCUACCUUAUUUCUGUGUGCAAUUCACUGGAAUUCUAUAACGAGCUGAACACUUAAGCACACCUAGGUUUUUGCCCUCUUUCUUUCCACCUGCUCACUAUCCUCUAACUGGAGUUAGUUCCUUCACCUAUGAAAUGAGUUUAUUGAGAGCUCCUUUUCUAUUUCCCAAUAACCAAACACGAUCCCUCAAACUAAAGGAGGGAGCUUGGUCAACAAUUUCAAGGAGUUGUCCCAUUCUCUGUGCGCUACCUUUCUCAUGUGGGAACCUUCCUUUUAUUCAUGUUCCAGUGACCAUUACUGAAUGAAAACCUUUCUUCACUAAUAAAAUCAACCUUUUCCAGGAAUGGAAAAUUGCAAUCAAGGUUGUUAACUGUGCUUACCACAGAUUUGCCUUGCACCAUGGGUGCUAAGCACAAUAACACCACACUCUUUAUUGGUGCCACCAUAUUCUGGUACUACAAUGACCACCUGUAGCCACCAUUCAUGCUUGGGCAGAUAUUUUCUUUGGGAAUCUGUAAUUGUUUUAAAAUGAAUUGCAUAUUUUAACCUUUUGAACAAAAGUCAAACAGGAAGUAGCCUUGUUGAAUGCUUCUAAUAAGUUCACUACGGCUUACUGCAGUUUACAUUUAUACGUUAUGGAGCCGUUUGAAUCGAGUCCAAAAUGAUGGGGACCACACCCUUCUCUCUUUGAUGCCUUUUUAAGUGUUUAACAAAAACAUUAAGACGGAUUUCCUUGUAAGUUAGGUCCUCUGCACACAACUGCCUCCGAUUUCGGUGCUAAAUUUGACCUUUCUUGCAUAGGUGAGAAAUGGAAAUGUCAAGUUACUUUGUAAUUCCAAGUGAUGUUUGAUGAACAGUUUGAGUUUUUAGUUGCUGCUUGCUGUUUUCAGAAAAUUGUAAUUAAAAUUUCUCUUAAGGUUUGUUAAUAUGAGAAACUGAUCAAAGAUGAUGAAGGUUGUUGAAUGUAAUGAAAUCUUUAUUUACAAAAACUCUGGGUCUUGUGCAUAUUUUCUGUCUCAUACACCAGACAAUGGUGGCAGAUUUCGGGGAUCAGCUCAACUGUUCUGUAAGGCAGUAAAAUGCAAGUGGAAAUCCAGUGAGCCAGUCCCCAAAGUAAACAGAGGUAUACUUGUUUAGAUUCUUAUCAAUAUUUAAUUGGUUCACACAAGAUUGUUUACUUAUGCAGAUUUAUAAUAAAUGUAGGUCUAAAGCUUUCAUGUUUGGAAACGGGUGUAAACAUAACGAGUAGUUGCCAAGUGCCGUCAGUCAAAAAGGAACAGCAAUUCAGUCACUUGAGACUUCAAGCUGCCUUUAUCUGUUGGCACUACGGUAAUGUAUCGCAAGAGAUGUAUUGUUCCUCAAGGAAAUUGUAUACCCUACCUCUAUAUAUUCGAUUUCAUGCAUUCUGCAAAGCCCUGCUCCAUCUCUCUCACCCUGUCACACAGCACAGAAACAGACCCUUGGGACCCACUCAUCCCCAUUGACGAAGGCACUUGUCUGAGCCAGUCCCAUUUGCCUGCAUUUGGCCCACGUCCCUCUAAAUCUUUUUUCUCCAUGUAUCUGUCUAAACAUCAUCUAAGAGUUGUAACUGUACCUGCCUCUACCACUUCCUCAGGCAGCUUGUUCCAUAAACCAACCACACUCUGUGUGGAAAAAACUUGCCCCUUAGGCCACCUUUAAAUCCUUCCGAAGUUGUAGACAUGCUAUGUUGGCACCAGAAAUGUGGCGACAUUUGCGGGCUGCCCCCAGAACAGUCUAUGCAAAAGAUGUACAUCAAAACACAUAGUGAAAUACAUGUGACUAAUAAAGAUAUCUUAUCAUCCUACUUAAACCUAUGCCUCUCUAGUUUUAGACUUUGCAACCCUGGGGACAAAGGACUGUGACCAUUCACCUAAUCUAAGCCCUUCAACUUCCUCUGCUCCAGGGAAAACCGUCCCAACCUCUCCAGUCUCUCCCUAUAACUCAAGCCCUCCAGUCCCAGCAACAUCCUUGUGAAUCUUUUCUGAAACCUCUUUAGUUUAUUCACAUCCUUCCUGUAAUGUUGCAACCAGAGCUGCAGAUAAUGCUCCAAAUGUUGUCUCAAAAAUGUACAGCUGUAAUAUGACGUCCCAGCUUUUGUACUCAAAGCCCCGACCGAUGAAGGCAAGUGUCACUAUUUUCAGGGAACUAUGUACUUGUGCCCCAAGGUGUUUUCCCUGCUAUUCAUUGUGUAUCUCCUGCCCUGUUUUAACAUCCCAAAAUGCAUCACUUUGUACUUGUCUGAGUUAAAUUCCAUCUGGCAUUGCUUUGCCCACUUUCCCAGUUAAUCUGGAUUCUGUUGUAACAGUGGACAACCUUCUUCACUCUGCACAAUUUUAGUGUCAUCUGCAAACUUGCUAACAGUGCCACCUACAUUCUUAUCCAAGUUGUCAAUACAGAUGAUAAACAGCAGCGGACCCAGCACUGAUCCCUGCAGCGCAGCACACCACUAGUCACAGGCCUCCAAUCUGAAUAACAACCCUCCACUACCACCCUCUGUCUCCUUCCACUGAGCCAGUUUUGUAUCCUGAUCUGGUGUGUUUAUACUGCCACAAAUGUACACAAGUAUUAAAACAUUUACGCUGUAUACUAAGCCUACUCAAACUGUCUAUGUAGUUAAAUUUUUAAAAAUAAAUUAUUGCUGCCUU